UGAGGGGUUAUAUGAGAGGCUAAUUCAUGAGUCAGUCUUUAGUCUUUCACAUUCAUCCAUAACUGCAGUACUUCUGAUCUUUGUCUAUUUGCUGUUUUGAAGUUCGUCCUCAGUGCAGGUCAACAGACUCAGUUGAAGAACAAUGGCAGCCUUCCUACAUCACUGUCCCUUCCUUAAGACCGUUCCUAAGCCAGCUUUGAGGAGAACCGGAGCCACCCUGCUGUCUAUGGCAGAUCAAUGUCCAAUCAUCAUUCGACAGAUAAGUGUGAGCGGCCUAGGCUCUCUGGAGGACAAGCUGACUGUCUCACCCACAAAAACAAAGAGUCACCUUCUUCCCACUGUGGACCAAAGGCAGCAGUAUACCCAAACAGCCGCUCAAGUAGCUGUGUCUGUAUCAAAAGGCUGCCCUUUUGUCACCACUCAGAUUGGGAUUGUCAAAGCCAGCCCUGAAGUGCAGGAGGACCUCCAAGAAGGUUUGAUGAGCUCUCUCUUGAAGGGUUUAAAGGAUUCAAUUCUCCAAAAAUCAGCUCAAACUAACGCAGUCACCCACCUCCUUACAGACAGCAUGAUUGGCCCCAGCUACGACUAUGACAGCUUCUUCAUUGAGAAGAUUGCAGAGAAAAAGAAGGACCACACAUACAGAGUCUUUAAAACAGUCAACAGAAGUGCUGAGGUAUUCCCUUUAGCUGAUGAUUAUUCUAUCUCCGGGCGAGAGGGCUCCAAAGUGUCUGUCUGGUGCAGCAACGACUAUCUGGGAAUGAGUCGGCACCCUAAGGUUCUCGGCGCAAUCAGUGAUGCCCUGGAGAGACACGGUGCAGGAGCAGGGGGAACCAGGAACAUCUCAGGCACCAGUAAUUUCCACGUAUCUCUGGAGAAGGAGCUUGCUCAGCUGCACCAGAAAAAUGCAGCUCUGGUCUUCUCCUCCUGUUUUGUGGCAAAUGACUCCACCCUCUUCACUUUGGCAAAGAUCCUUCCAGGUUGCGAAAUCUACUCAGAUGCAGGGAAUCACGCAUCAAUGAUUCAGGGCAUCAGGAAUAGCGGAGCCAAGCGCUUCAUAUUCCGCCACAACGAUAGCCGACACCUGGAGGAGCUGCUGCAACGCUCAGACCCAAAGACUCCCAAAAUAGUGGCCUUUGAGACUGUGCACUCAAUGGACGGGGGCAUAUGUCCUCUAGAAGAGCUGUGCGAUGUGUCUCACAGAUACGGAGCCCUGACGUUUGUCGAUGAGGUUCAUGCUGUGGGUCUGUAUGGAGCACAUGGAGCUGGUGUGGGAGAGAGGGACAACGUGAUGCACAAGAUUGACAUUGUUUCUGGGACCUUAGGCAAAGCCUACGGCUGUGUUGGAGGCUACAUUGCCAGCAGCGCCGCCCUGGUUGACACUGUGCGCUCCCACGCAGCUGGCUUCAUCUUCACCACUGCCCUGCCCCCCAUGGUCCUGGCUGGAGCUCUGGAGUCCGUCCGGGUCCUGAAGAGUCCUGAGGGCCAGGGGCUUCGCAGAGCCCACCAGAGGAACGUCAAACACAUGAGACAGCUGCUGAUGGAUAAGGGCCUGCCUGUGGUCAACUGUCCCAGCCACAUCAUACCCAUUCAAGUGGGCAACGCUGAGCUGAACAGUAAGGUGUGUGACACACUUCUUGAGAGACACAACAUAUAUGUCCAGGCCAUCAACUACCCAACAGUUCCUCGUGGUGAAGAGCUGUUACGUCUGGCUCCAUCUCCUCAUCAUGACCCCGCCAUGAUGGACUAUUUUGUGGAGAAACUGGUGGAGGUGUGGCAGGACUCUGGGCUCAGGCUCAACAGCGUGGCCGCGGCAUCUUGCACCUUCUGUGACCGGCCGCUGCACUUUGACCUUAUGAGUGAGUGGGAAAAAUCCUACUUCGGCAACAUGGAACCACAAUACAUAACUCUGUCUGUAUAAUUAUUAACAGGAGUCAACAACAUAAAAAUAUUAUUGUAUACUUACAAUCAUACAGACAUAAUUCAGGUGCACCAGGGGGAGUACGAAAGUUAUUAUUUUGUAAUUAUUUUAACAUUUCUUAAUGUCAGUGGUAUGGACUAAUUCCAGUAUUAAUUUCUAUUUUCAUGUAACAAUACUAAGUUAAUGGAUAUGAUUUUUUUAAAGUGUGCCUUCUUAAUUUUAGGAGCAUAAAAACCUGCACAUUAGGCACUUUCUUAAAUAUCUUAUCUGGUUGUGAUGGAUUGAAUAAAACAAUACUAUUUAA